AUGGACUCGGGUCCUGGGCCUCCUCAGCAAUCGCCUGAUGACUAUUCUGCAAGAGAGAGACGAGAGAGGACGGGUGUCGCAGUGGGAAUAACCAUUGGCGUGCUCGUUCUAUUUGCUGGACCUUUGUGUCUUCUCUGGUAUGCAACUUGGAGGCGCAAACGAAGGGUCAGGAAGAAAGAGCUACGCGAUCUCGGGGGCACGACAGCGAUAUCUCAUGACGAGAAAUAUGGCACUAAUUCUUUCGAGCGCACCGCAGCCACAACGCUUACGACCACUUUGGCAGCAAGCGAAGAGCCCACUGAAGCGGAACUUGCGCGAUGGAGGGAAGUUCAAUUCACCGAGACCGAACUGGAAAGACUGAAGCGAGACCCGACGUCUCCCUUGAAUAGAUUGCUGAAACCUCUAGAGCACGCCACGCCAGCAGAGCUACUUGGUUUGGAUAAGACCUCUUACCUACGAGAUUUGCCGGCAGCAACCAGCUCACCCUCAGGGUUGGACGAGAUCCCAGAGAUCACAAUUCUCCCGUCACGGCUUCCUCCUGGUACAGCUGACUUCGCGGUCGAACAAAGUAAGCAACAAGAAAGUAGGGAUGAUGUCGGGAAGUGUAUCAAUCCAUGGGCGGUUGAGCAUGAGCCUAACCCAGUGAUUUUCAAGCAUUUGCUUGGGCGGAGGGGCGAGAAGCUUGGUCAUGAAAAAGUUGUGACUCAAGCAGACGGAUCCAAGCACCGGAACGAAGCAUCUUCUGAGCGUCCUAUGAUCAUCGAUGCGCUCAAGAGGAAGCAGCGCGUUGGAAGAGGCGUCCAGUUCGUCACCGUCAUCAAGCACCAGCUCACAGGACUCAUCAAAUCCCCUUCUAUCUGA